CCCAUACCCUAGCUGAAGCAAUCACCACGAAAAACUAAUCUCAUCAGCCAUGGAAUACACCACUGUCUUCUACUCAUUCAUUUCUCUUUUCUUCACCAUUCUUGCACUCAAAUUCUACCUCUCAAGAACCACAACCCACAAAGGAAAAAACAAUAAUCUCCCUUCCGGCCCACCUUCUCUCAGCAUUCUUGGCCACCUCUACCUCCUAAAACAACGACCCUUGCACCACAUCUUCCUGAAACUCUCUGAAAAAUACGGUCCAAUAUUCUCAUUAAGGUUCGGUUCACGCCGCGUUCUUGUGUUGACAUCCAUCCCCCUCAUGCAGGAAUGCUUCACUAAGAAUGACAUCGUAUUUGCCAACCGACCUAAACAUACCUUAAACAAGUACAUUAGCUACAACAGCACAACCGUCACACAGUCCUCAUACGGAGACCACUGGCGCAACUUGCGCCGAAUCUACGCGGUUGAAAUGUUCAACAAUCAACGGCUCAACACGUUCUUAAACAUCCGGCAGGACGAGGUGAAGCGGUUAUUAUUCAGCAUGCUGUCACGUUGUUCUCAACAUGAUUUCGCCAAGGUAGAGCUGAAGUCAUUGCUUUUCGAGCUGAACUUUAAUAUUAUUAUGAGAAUGGUUGUAGGGAAGAGAUAUUACGGUGAGAAUGUGGAGAAUGAAGCGGAAGGCAGGAAGUUUAGGGCGAUAAUGAACGAUAUUUCGGAUAAUGCUGGACCGACAUAUCCAGGAGAUUUCUUGUCCAUUUUGAAGUGGACUGAUUUUGGGAGGUAUAAGAGGAGAGUGAAGGAAAUAGGUCAAAGGUCAGAUGCUUUUCUACAAGGAUUGCUCGAUGACCAUAGAAGUGCAAGAGGAGGUUCAGAGAGUGCGAAUUCAAUGCUUGCUCGUCUGCUUUCUUUGCAAAAGUCACAGCCGGGGGAGUACCCAGAUGAUAUUAUCAAAGGAAUCGUUAUGAUGAUGAUGCUGGCUGGAACUGAUACAUCAUCAGUGAUGAUGGAAUGGGCUAUGUCCAAUUUGGUUAACAAUCCUGAGGUUUUAGAAAAAGCUCGAGCAGAACUAGACUCUCAAAUAGGUGAGGAAAACUUGAUGAUCGAGGCAGACGUCUCAAAACUACCCUACCUCCAAGCCAUCAUAUCAGAAACACUUCGGCUACAUCCAGCGGCACCACUCUUGGCCCCGCAUUUAUCAUCGGACGACUGCACACUUGGAGGAUACCACGUGCCCGGUGGCACAUUGUUAUUGGUUAAUGCAUGGGCUAUACAAAGGGACCCUAAACUUUGGAAUGACCCAAGUAGUUUCAAGCCUGAAAGAUUUAUGGAGGAGGGCAAUGAGAAUGCUAAAAUCAUAGCAUUUGGGAUCGGAAGGAGGGCCUGUCCUGGAGCAGGGCUUGCCCACCGUGUUCUUGGGUUGGGUUUAGGGUCCCUUCUUCAAUGCUUUCAAUGGAAAAGGGUGGAUGAGAGAUUGGUUGACCUGGAUGAAGGAAAUGGAGGGGUCACCGUGUCCAAGUCGAAGCCAUUGGAGACCAUGUGUAAAGUCCGACCCAUCAUGCAUAAGCUUUUCCCUGAUGCUUUCUAACAUGAUUGGGGAGGUCAUGUUGAAGCCCACGCUAUCAUGAAUAAGCCUUUUCCACCAUGUUUGGAGCGGUUAUUAUGGGGAUCCUAAUAACUGGUAUUUCAGUUAU